GUUGCACUUCCUCUACGGCAUAUCGAUACGGCAUAGAGUGCUUUGGGGAAAGCCAUGAUUGCCACAACCCUCCGCCAGCUGGUGGGCCGCUCACUUUUCACCGUACAGCAACAGCUGGUAAGAUUUCAGAGCGGUGUCGAUGGACCCGGUAGCGGCGUACCGAAACCCGGCGUCGCAAACCCGGACACCAUAUUCGACAAGAUAAUCAAGAAGCAGAUACCGGCAGAUGUAAUUUACGAAGACGAGAAAUGCAUUGCGUUCAACGAUGUUGCUCCUCAAGCGCCGGUUCAUUUUCUUGUGAUUCCAAAGAAUAAAAUUGACAAGCUUGAAAACAGUACGCCCGAUCAAACGGAGAUAUUGGGGCAUCUGUUGCAUGUUGCCGGGCAGUUGGGGAAAUCGAAAGCUCCCAAAGGAUUCCGGCUGGUGAUAAAUAAUGGUGACCAUGGAUGUCAAACAGUGUACCAUAUACACCUGCACGUUAUAGGCGGACGCCAGCUCGGGUGGCCUCCCGGGUAAUUGUAUCGCGAACUGCACGUAACAGAAGCAAAUAAAUGGACCAUCCUGUGGUUAUCCAUUUCCAUCCUAAA